AUGUAUAAUGAUCAAUUAGCUUGUUUGGGUACAAUCCAACAUUUGAAAUCAAAAUUUAGUCAAGGUUACACAAUUGAUAUUAAAGUUCGUUCAACACCUAAUGGUACAAGCAUGGCAACUAUUCAAAAUGUACAAUCAUUUUUAUUAUCACAAAGUCAAUUGCAUGUUGAAACUAGAGAAAUAGCACAUUCAACAGACUAA